CCCAGGCCAGACCCAGGCCAGAGGCGGGACCAGCCGCCGCCGUCUCCGUCUCGGUGUCCCGUCCCCCACCGCGCCAGGCAGCCGCCGCGGGAGGAGCGGAAACUGCGAGCGCGCCGAGGAGCAGCGGGGCGGCCUCCGUCAGUCCAGACCCGCCGAGCGGCGCCCCGGCCCCCGCCGCGCCUUCCCGGCCCGCAGAGCGCCCACCUGAGCCCGUCGGCGCCCACCUGAAGCCCGCGCGCCGGCGCCAUGGCGGAGCAGGAGAGCCUGGAGUUCGGCAAGGCGGACUUCGUGCUGAUGGACACCGUGUCCAUGCCCGAGUUCAUGGCCAACCUCCGGCUCAGAUUUGAAAAAGGGCGCAUCUACACUUUCAUCGGCGAAGUCGUCGUUUCUGUGAACCCUUACAAGCCUCUGAACAUCUACGAGAGAGACACCAUCGAGCAGUAUAAAGGGCGAGAGCUCUAUGAGAAACCGCCUCACCUGUUCGCCAUCGCCGAUGCUGCUUACAAGGCCAUGAAGAGGCGCUCAAAAGACACCUGUAUCAUGAUAUCAGGGGAAAGUGGAGCUGGGAAGACUGAAGCCAGUAAGUACAUCAUGCAUUAUAUUGCGGCCAUCACCAAUCCCAGUCAGAGAGCUGAGAUCGAAAGAGUGAAGAAUAUGCUGCUUAAAUCUAACUGUGUUUUGGAGGCUUUUGGAAAUGCCAAGACCAACCGCAAUGACAACUCAAGCAGGUUUGGGAAAUACAUGGAUAUCAACUUUGAUUUCAAGGGCGAUCCUAUCGGUGGUCAUAUCAAUAAUUACUUAUUGGAGAAGUCUCGAGUGAUUGUGCAGCAGCCAGGAGAACGAAGCUUCCAUUCUUUCUACCAGCUACUCCAAGGAGGUUCAGAGCAAAUACUACGCUCACUGCAUCUCCAGAAAUCUCUUUCAUCCUACAACUAUAUUCGUGUAGGAGCUCAACUAAAGUCUUCUAUCAAUGAUGCUGCAGAAUUCAAAGUUGUAGCUGACGCCAUGAAAGUAAUUGGCUUCAAACCGGAGGAGAUUCAAACAGUGUAUAAGAUUCUGGCUUCUAUUCUUCACUUGGGGAAUUUAAAAUUUGUCGUGGAUGGUGACACGCCCCUCAUUGAAAACAGCAAGGUUGUAUCGAUCAUAGCGGAGCUGCUCUCUACCAAGACCGAGAUAGUUGAGAAGACCCUUCUCUACCGGACUGUGGCCACCGGCCGGGACAUCAUCGACAAGCAGCACACGGAACAAGAAGCCAGCUACGGCAGAGAUGCCUUUGCUAAGGCAAUAUAUGAGCGCCUUUUUUGUUGGAUUGUGUCUCGCAUCAAUGAUAUCAUUGAGGUCAAGAAUUAUGACACCACAGUCCAUGGGAAAAACACUGUUAUUGGUGUCUUGGAUAUCUAUGGCUUUGAAAUCUUUGAGAACAACAGCUUUGAACAGUUCUGCAUCAAUUACUGCAAUGAGAAGCUCCAGCAGCUCUUCAUUCAGCUGGUUCUUAAGCAAGAGCAAGAGGAGUAUCAGCGGGAAGGCAUCCCCUGGAAGCAUAUUGACUACUUCAACAAUCAGAUCAUUGUGGACCUCGUGGAACAACAGCACAAAGGCAUCAUUGCCAUCCUCGAUGAUGCCUGCAUGAAUGUGGGCAAAGUCACCGAUGAAAUGUUCUUGGAGGCACUGAACAGCAAGUUGGGCAAGCACGGCCAUUUUUCCAGCCGGAAGCUCUGUGCCACAGACAAAAUCCUGGAAUUUGAUCGAGAUUUUCGGAUCCGACAUUAUGCAGGUGAUGUCAUUUAUUCUGUCAUUGGUUUUAUUGACAAAAAUAAAGACACCUUGUUUCAAGAUUUCAAGCGCCUCAUGUAUAACAGUUCAAAUCCUGUUCUGAAAAAUAUGUGGCCUGAAGGCAAAUUGAGUAUUACAGAGGUGACCAAGCGACCUCUGACUGCUGCCACCUUAUUUAAGAAUUCCAUGAUUGCAUUAGUAGACAACCUUGCUUCAAAGGAACCAUAUUACGUGCGUUGCAUCAAACCCAAUGACAAGAAAUCCCCACAGAUAUUUGAUGCUGAGCGCUGUCGACACCAAGUCGAGUAUCUUGGACUGUUGGAAAACGUGAGGGUGCGACGUGCAGGCUUUGCUUUCCGUCAGCCGUACGAGAAGUUUCUUCACAGGUACAAGAUGAUCUCUGAGUUCACCUGGCCCAAUCAUGACCUCCCCUCAGACAAAGAGGCUGUUAAAAAGCUGAUUGAAGGUUGUGGCUUUCAGGAUGAUGUGGCCUAUGGCAAGACCAAAAUUUUCAUCCGAACACCCCGAACAUUGUUUACCUUGGAAGAACAUCGUUCCCAGAUGCUCCAGAGGAUUGUCCUUUUUCUGCAAAAGGUGUGGCGGGGCACGCUGGCCCGUAUGCGCUACAAGAGGACCAAGGCGGCGCUGACCAUCCUCCGGCAGUACCGGCGCUACAAAGUCAAGUCCUACAUCCAGGAGGUGGCCCGGCGCUUCCAGGGCGUCCGCAGCAUGCGGGACCACGGCAAGCACGUCAAGUGGCCCACCCCUCCCAAGGUGCUGCGCCGGUUCGAGGAGGCCCUGCAGGCCAUCUUCAACAGGUGGAGAGCCGCCCAGCUCAUCAAGAGCAUACCCGCCUCAGACCUACCCCAGGUCAGGGCAAAAGUUGCAGCCAUGGAAAUGCUGAAGGGCCAAAGGGCUGAUCUUGGGCUCCAGAGGGCGUGGGAAGGCAACUAUCUCGCUUCGAAACCAGAUACUCCGCAGACCUCAGGCACAUUUGUCCCCGUGGCUAAUGAAUUGAAGCGGAAGGACAAAUACAUGAAUAUCCUCUUCUCCUGUCAUGUCCGGAAGGUGAAUAGGUUCAGUAAGGUGGAAGACAGAGCAAUUUUUGUCACUGAUCGCCACCUGUAUAAAAUGGAUCCCACUAAGCAGUAUAAGGUGAUGAAGACGAUCCCUCUGUAUAACUUGACGGGUCUAAGUGUCUCCAAUGGAAAGGACCAACUUGUUGUGUUCCACACAAAAGACAACAAAGACCUCAUUGUCUGCCUCUUCAGCAAACAGCCAACCAAUGAGAGUCGAAUUGGAGAACUUGUUGGAGUUCUAGCGAAUCAUUUCAAGAGUGAGAAGCGCCACCUUCAAGUCAAUGUCACCAACCCGGUGCAGUGCAGCCUGCACGGGAAGAAAUGCACCGUGUCCGUGGAGACGCGCCUCAACCAGCCCGAGCCGGACUUCACCAAGCACCGCUCCGGCUUCAUCCUCAGCGUGCCGGGCAACUGAGCGCAGGCCCAGCCGCCCCCGGCCCCAUCCUCCCGCUCCACUGGGGGGCUCCCUGUUCCCCCACCUCCCUGCCCCCCUCCCACUAGGAAUCAGCUUGCCAGGGCCCUGGGGAGGUGCCCCUCUUCGCCUUCUCUGGGACACCUAACCCCUGGGGGGCGACUUCUUGGCUUUCUGCCUCUGGUGUCCGUCUUUCUCUGUCCCCACUUUCUGCAGUCCCCGCUCAACAAACCAAAGACCCUGGUGUCCCCCCCAGGCCUCCCCCAGCUGACAUCCAGAUCACCCUCACCCCAACUUAUAGGCACCUGCCCCUGGGGCCGGCCCCCCUUGAUGGCCAGGCCAAGUCCACGUGCCUGGUCCCCAGCACCUGCCCGGUGCAGUGCCCCAUCCAAAGACGAGCUGCCCUGGGGGCUGGGGAGGAGCUGGGAAUACAGCCCCCUGCUCUCCAUGAACCCUACCCAUGGGCCAUUCUCCAAAAGUGAACCCAGCGCCCCUCCCCACUCCCUUGCCACCCCCCCCCCACACACACACAUCAAAGCUCCAGGUGAGCAGGUCUACCCGCAGGGCUCCACGUGCGCCUGUGCCCCCGACCCCAGCAGAACUGCACCCUCGUCGACAGCAGGAGCACCCAGCGAGAGCUAGGGGAUGUCGAGGACCCCUGAGUUUCCCCUUGGAGCUCCUGGGUUUCAUGCUCCUGUGCAGACCUUUAGAUUGGGCCCGGGGCCGGGCACAAGGGAGUGGGGGUACUGGAAUGAUGGGAAACGAAGUGGGGUCCUGGCACUGCAGGCCAGGCCAGGAUGCCUGCACUCCCCCAGCCCCCAAACUUGGGGCGCUGGGGUUCAUGGCAGGAGAGACUGCCGUCUUGCCAGUUUCCGCCGGGCAGAAAGCACGUGCACUUCAGACACUUCCCAAGGCCACCGACCCCCAGCCUCAGCCGAGAGCCCAUACCCCGAAGCCUUGAGGACAGGAGUUGGUGCCCGCUGGGGGCUGGAGGCACAGGGGCAACAGCCUGGCAGGUGCAACAGUGGCGAUGCCAGGCUGGCACUCUCUUCACUUUCUGCCGAAGCUGCGCUUGGCCCUGCAGAACAUGCCAAGUGCCCGCCAACCAGCAGCCUGGCCCUUGCCCACCCCCACUCCCCAGGCCCCAGAGCUUGCAGCCAUUUGCAAUAAAGACUCCCACUGGCAUCUUCUCCUACCAGUUCACGUCCUCGAAGCUCAACCAGCUGCCCGUGCAGUGAAUGGUGCCACCACCGUGUAGAACUUUGCCAAUCACUGGUAGACACUAGAGGAACCACCUAACUGGAACCAUCCCUCUCCUGUCACUUUAUUUCCCCAAACAUGUCGCUUUGCACUAGACACGCAGAUGUUUGUCUUAGACACACCAAAACAGAACAUGCCAAAUGAGUGCCUUUUCUGGGACAGGAGGGGCUGCCGGGGGCCCGCAGUGUGGGGGGCCUCCCAGCCGAGGGCCGGGGACUGGCUGGCAACAAGCACUUUUUCACGAUGUCCUAAAAAGAAGUCACAGCACGUGGCAACUGAAGCUGGACCAAGAAGUUGGGGUGUGAAAGCAGUAAUGCUUUCCGGGGUGCUGAGAGGGAAGCCAGAGGACACAGUGAUUGUAUGCAAUGAAGUGUUUCUCUUGAUUUAAUUAAAUGCAGUUUUAUGGUUUGGUGCAUAUAUUCCUAUUUUCCAUUAAAUUAACUUUAUUUCUAAAGCAUAUUUUGAUUUACCAUCAAGAGCAAUAAAGCAUUAAAUCUUA